CGAGCUCGCAGAGGCCGCAUCGUGCACAGAGCAUGCAUACAGGAUGUAUUAUGACAAGGACACGCCCCGCGCGCGAUACAGUCCGCAAAACAAAACACCCUCCGCGCACUCGGUCGAAAUCCGCCCUCGCAGAAUAGGCGCCCACCCCUUGCCUCCACACCGCCACCAUCCCGCGCGCGAACUCGCUCAGUCUCUCUCGCCGUGCCUCGGCUUGGUCUCGUCCUCCGCGCCGACGACCCAAACAUGGUUUUCGCACGGCGACACGGCGCCCUCGUGCUGUCGCGCGGGAGGGUGCGCAUCUGCCGCUGACCGCUGACAGUCUGACGUCUUCUGGCCGUCGCGCUCUCUUGCUGACCUCGUCGUUUCUGCACGCCCCGGGGCUCUGGCGGACUCUCUGCGAGUCCACCGCACCGUCGCGCGAGUUUGUUCUCUGCGCCUGCGGAGACUCGCCUGGACGUGUUUUCCGAGUCGUUCGCCGCGCGGGCCUUCGCUCGCACGAUCGCCUUGCGCACUCGCAAAACGCGCCCCACCGUUCGCUGUCCCGCCAAACUGGUCGGUCUCUGUCCCCGCCGCCGAGUUCUCUAGCCCCGAACUCCGCGCCGACUCUCUGCCUGCCACGCCGACUUGCCGCUUCCGCCUGCUUCUUCGAGGUAAGGACGCGACUCCCGAAUGCCCUGCCGCCCCGCAAAGUUGGUCGACUUGCAAGUGCGCUGCCGUGGAGCGACACGACGUCCACAGCUGGCCAGUCGCGCAUCGCGCGCCCACUUGGGCAUGUCGCCCCGCGCCGGCCACCCUGCUGCACGCGACGCGCUGGAGGCGUGCGCAACCCCAUUCUUGGCCAUUUCCAUCCGCUCCAUCGUCUUGUACAUCUUCUGGAGCCCGACGGCCGCUCACGACGGAGUGUAUCGAAGCCCUCGGCGUCAGCGGCGCCUGUUUGGGCUGCCGCAUGCGUCUGGGGGUUGUCAGAUCGCCGUGUGGCCACACCCUCGCGCGCCGUCGUGUUCAGCCCCGAUUAGAGUCUGCCGCACGUGGGCUGUGGCGUAUACCUCGCGCUCCCGCCGCGCCGCCUCGCCGCCUUCCUGCCACGUCCCAGAACGACUUCCACGGCCCCCCGCGCCCGUCCUCCCGCCCAGAGAUGGCCGCCGGCCAGUGCACUCGCAUUUUCGCUGCACGCCCUCUUCUGCGCAGCCCUCAAACAGAGUUUGUCCCAGAUCCCGGAUGGGAAACACGGCGCCGAACGUGCGCCACGCCCACGCCGCCCUUCCUCGCUGUCAUCCGUCUUCCUUCGCCUCCCUGGAACACUCGCCCUGCUGCGACAUUCCCCACAGCACCUGCCCCGUGCUCCUGCCACCGACGCCUCCCGCGCCAUCCUCCGUGCGUGCUACACGAUGCAAACGUCGCCAUCGCCGUCGCACGGCGGUAUCAUGUGCGACGCUCCUCGCCCUCUCUCGUGCCAUACACCGCGAACUGUAAAUCACUCACCUCGAUUGGGACCCCGCAAAGUCCGGUGUCGUCUGCGCACGCUCACGGCCCGGUGCGCCGUCGCGCGUGCGCACCACUCGGCGAAUGCGUCCACCGCGAGUAUCCCACCGUGUCCGCUGUGUAGCUCGAUCCUCGGUGCUGCUCGGAGCUCCUCACCUGUCUCCCCCUCUGGUGAUCUCGAGUCGAGUCUCUUGCUUCCUCGUAUGCCGGAUCUGGGCAUAUUCAGGGUGUCCACGGUCGCCUCGAAGCGACGUCUUGACGGGUGCGAGCACGAGAGCACCUCAGUCGACGCUGCGACGUCCUGGUAAGUGAUCUCGUCGCCGCCAUGUGGGAAUGCUGCAUCUGCAUUGUGCGUGGACAGGAUUGCAGGGGCGUGAUCACACCAGGUGUGUUGCGGUGCGGUCACCAGGCGGAGAGGCAGCGAGGGGAUGUAGGGCGGGUGAUAUGGGUGAUGAGCAUAGAUUGGAGGUGUUGUGCACUGCGUGUCGAGCGGAGGUGUUGUGCACUGCACGUCGAGCGGAGGUGGAGAGGUUGACGCUCCGAUGGGGUGCUGCGCACAUGCGGAGGGGCGACAGGGGAGAAUGGGGAGACGGUGAGCAGCGCGAAGGGUAGCUUGCGGGAGAAGAGGCCAGGAGAAC